AAGAGCUAAACUUUUGGUUUAAAAGAACACAGAUAAAUAUCGCGACGGGUUCGAACAACACAAAAUUUUAUAUCAAAACUGGCGCCGAUUUCAAAAGAUGGAUUCGAUAGAGGAGCUUAAGCAAGAGGUAUAUUCCUUAAGGAAUAAGUUAGCCACAGCAACAAGCCAGGAAGCUUGGUACAAUGAUGAAAUCGCUCAGCUCCAGACAAUGAGGAAACAGGAAUCUGAAAUCCAGGAUGCACUAAAAGAAGAAGUGAUCAGACUACAAAGAAAGAUAGGAAUUUUGGAAGAAGAUGCUGAGCAACAGAAAUUGGCAGAGAAUAACUUGAAAUCCCAGGUUCAGUCCCUAGAGAAACUAAUGGAGAGCAAUAAAACAAUGAACGAAACCUUGUCCCACUCCAUCAUGACGGAGGAUAAUACCCAUCUGAUGAACGAAAUGUGUUCCCUGCAAAAUGAAAAUACACAAUUAAAAGGAGAAGUUAUUGAAAUCAGGCAUGAAUUGCAAAGUGCAUCUAUUGAAGUUGAGAACCUGAAACAGAAACUGGCAAACAAAGAGCAAGAGCUGGAGGAACUCCAGUGUCAGAUUACUACGUAUAUCAACACAAUAGAGAAAUACAGGACUGAAAUCACAGAAUUGAAUACUCAAGUUGAUGUUUUACAAAUGGAGACUCAGAGCCAAACUGGCAAAGGCAACUCCUUAUUUUCAGAGGUUGAAGACAGAAGGGUGAAAGCAGAGAAACUGGUGAAGAAGUAUCAGCUUUCUAACCAACAACUGAACCAACAGAAUCAUAAACUCAAGAUGCAGAUGUUUACGUGCCUUGGUCUCAGUAAGGAAAAAUCUGAUGAUGUCCGUGUAGGACAGUUGGAGAUGAAGGUUUGCCAGCUUCAAGAGGAGAACAAACAACUGUUAAAACAGAUCCAGUGUGCACCAAAGUCUGAGGUGGUACUUAAAGGAGACAUUGAGGGUAUACUGCAGGAAGGGGAGGUCACCUCUGGAGGGGAUUACGUCAAGUACUUACUUAGUAUUAUCAAAGCUAACAAUGAGGAAGUAUCAAAACUUAAAAAUGAAGUCAAAGCUCAGAAGCUGCUGUUGUUGGCUGAGAAAGACACAGUCUUUUCUUUAGAAAGAAAACAGUAUGACAUUGAAUCCCAGAGGGAAAAGUCAAGAGCUCUGUAUCUGAAAGAGAAACUUAAAGUCGAGGAGCUGAGGGCAAAAUAUGAACCAGAAAAAAUGAAAAAUGACACUGGUGCAAAGAAAGGGAAGUUAGAAAAAUUACCUUCAGUGUCAGAAAAUUCACUAAAGGAGGAAAGAAUUGAGAGAAAAAGAAAGGAAAGUUCCAGGAAUGUGACAGAAUUUCAAUUGGACGAAAGUGCAGUCAACAUUGAGAAUCAAAAGCCAGACUCUGCAGAAAAAAGAGCUGGCUGUGAAAUUGAAUACAAGAAGACUAAGUCAGUCAGUCUGAGUGACGAAAUCAAGAUGAUGGACUCCGAGGGUGGGGUAGAAAUUGGUUCUCUGUCUCAGAGGGACAAUACAGAGAGUUCAGGCGUGUGUGAAAAACCGGUCAAAAGUAAAGGUCGCAGGGUGACCAACAUUGUCAAAGCAGAGAUACCGGACUCUAAAGUGAACGAGUGCUCACCACAGUAAAUGUCGUUACUGUUUUUUAGCUUUAGAAACAGAUCAUAUAUAUUUUAUAUUAUGGUAUUAUAAGGAUGAUAUCUAUUAAAAUAAUAGAAAAUCA